AUGACUUCCCUGUGUUCAGUGCUGAUGAAAGCUGAUGCACUGACGUGCCGGGUCUCAAAAGCCAUCUCCCAGGCAUUACAAGUCACCUGGCCCGAGGGACGCUGGAUCACAGUGGUGUCACAAGUCCACCACGGGACAUGCCCCACGGAUGAGGAUGUGCCAAGACAGUCUCACUCACUCACUGUCACCUCACUCACACUAAGUAUACCUUUCCAUGUGGUGAAGGAACAGAAGAGCUGGACAGAAGCUCAGCAGUACUGCAGAGAGGAGUUCACUGACCUCGCCACCAUAGACAACAUGACAGAGAUGGAGAAGGUGAAGAGCAUGAUCCAUGAAGCAGGUGCUGGAGAUGCUUGGAUUGGGCUGAAGAGGGGAGAGUGGCAGUGGUCUCUGGCUGGCAGGGAUUUCUACAGAGAGAAUGAAGCAGAGUUCAGGAACUGGGAUUCAGGCUAUCCCAGGGGAGGUCAAGAGAAUUGUCUUAUGAACGCAAAUGGAAAAUGGUCUGAUGACUGGUCUACUAACAUCUGGACUUUCAUCUGCUAUGAUGGAGGAAACUCCACACAUCCCUAUGUGCUGGUUACUGAGGGGAAGAACUGGGAAGAUGCUCAGAUAUACUGCAGAGAGAAACACACAGACCUGGCCAGUGUGAGGAAUCAGGCAGAGAACGACCAGAUAAAGGACAUUAUUGGAGGAACUGCCUGGAUUGGCCUGUUCAGAGAUGCCUGGUCAGAGUGGUCAGAUGGCAGCAGCUCCUCAUUUCGCCACUGGAACACUGGAGAAUCCAAUAAUCCGGGUGUGGGGUGCACUCAAUUUACGCCCAGUGGUCAGUGGAAUGAUGUAGGCUGUCACAAUCCUAGUCACUUCAUCUGCUAUGGAGAUCCCAAAGAGGUGAAGAGUCAGAUUGUGAGAGUGAAGCUUCAGGUAGCUUCUCAUGUGAACAUCAAUGACCCUGCCAUGCAGCAGGCCUUCCUACAGCAGAUUCAGCAGAGACUGAGGGAGAGUGGGAUGCCAGCAGGCGCCAAACUGACCUGGAUGAGACAUCCGGAUGGACAGAUCUUCAAAGAGAAGAAGGAGACAAAAGAAGAGGGGAGGAAGAGGAGGAAGAGAACUGAGCUCUAAACACUCUGCUGCUGUUCAUGUGAUGUAUGAAGUGUGUAAACUGGGAGAUGGACACACUGACACACACAGGGCAGUAAACUGAGUGCUCAGCACGUCCAGUUUGUACUUCCAAUGACAAAAAGUCUCACCUGUUAAAAUCCUGGUCAGACACCCCUACAGAAUCACUUCCUUUGUGUCCACCAUAAUGACACCCCUACAGAAUCACUUCCUUUGUGUCCACCAUAAUGAGACCCCUACAGAAUCACUUCCUUU